AUGCCUCCUAAGUGGGGUUCCGCCGGGGCAGCAGCGGCGAACACGAGCUUGGUGCUGCUGCUGUACAUCACGCCUAGCGCACCGGGCAGCAGCAUCUUCGUGCAGGUGAACCUGGUCAGUUUUUGUGAGUCGACUCAAAAGCCAUCUCCCCCCUCCCUUCUCCCCUUCCCCCCCCAGCCCGCCGCCCCCCAAGUUCCCCUCCUGCAGAGGAAGGCCGCGGCAAACACGAGCUUGCGCCAUGCCCAUCAGGCGAAUUCCUACUUCCUGCACUGCCAGGAGCGAGUGCUGCAGGAGAGGGAGCAGCAGAUGGAGGAAGGCGCGGGCGAGCAAGGGCGGGCCACAGCAGGGGGGAGGUGCUGCGGAGGGUGGGCGAAGUGA